CCUGGGCGCUCCUCCUCCACACAAAGGAGCUGAGGCUGAGAUGCUCAGCGGAUCACAGCGCCGCCUCGUGCCGAGGGGACGGAUAGCACGUCGAGAGGAAACGAAAACAGAGAGGCGCAGGAGGGACGGCUGCUAGCGAGAAUAAGACGGGACGUGUCAAUAAUCCUGGAAGAGGAGCAGAAGGGUGAGGAGUGGGCCAGAGUGGGAUAAGCUCUUCAUGGAGGGGUCCUGGCCUGGCCUGUGGAGAUGAGCCAAUAGGCAACUAUAUACGGACCAGGGUUUAUGCUGAUGAAACUCAUCUGCUCCAAGAGGAAAAGGCUUGAAGAUGAUGCUUGUCUGACAUGGAAAAAUAGGAGAUACAAAAUCAGGCUGCGGCGCUCCUCCUUCACCAUGAACUGAACCUCCUACACAUCGAUCUGCAGGAGAAACAGAGAGGGAUCUGACCAGAUCGCCAUGGUCUCACAAGUGAGCCUCAACCACAGCAAUGGGGAGCUCGAAAAUUGCUGGUUCGAGCCAGAGGACGCCUCCCUCCUGGUGUCCCCCCUGGUGGUGGCAGGCAUCGUCAUCGGGCUGGUCCUCUUCCUCUCCUGUGUCACCAUCAUCAUCGGCAGCCUUCGCAAGGACAGCCGCCUGCAGACCCCGCACCUCCGGGCCAGCUAUGGUCCAGAUGGUUUCUCCUACGAGGGGUCACUGGGGGAGCUGCGGUCGGCGUGUAUGGAAGACUUCCCUCCAGGCCUGGACUUCAACUCAUACACAGAGACCCUGUCCGAUGCUCAUGGCGUGUUCCAGGACUCACCACCGGGCUACGAUGAGUGUAUCAGCCCCGGGGCCUCGCAGCUCCUCAUUCCCACCGAGGAUCCGCCCCCUUACUCCCUAUUGGACCCCUUAAUCAGAGGGGCGGGGCAGGAGGAGGAGCCUGCCUUCAUCAGUCCAUACCCCUAUAGCAGAGCGUCUUCAGACAGCUGGCUCUCUCCUGACCAGUACCCAAUAGGACUGCAGGAUCCAGAGCAGCAGCCUAUCUCUUCCAUCUCCCUCCCCCUGGAGGCGGCGCCGGCCUAUGACUCGGUGGUGACUGAGUUGCCCCUCAUGCCAUGUGUCCUCUACAAGCACCAAUCCCAGGGGGCCGGAGCUCAGCCCCACCAUACUGAGGCAGACCACGUUGUGUAGGACUCCGGCUGUGGUUCCUCCAACGUUGGGCGGCCACUGGGUGGUUUGUUGUCUGAAUCCAGGGGAAUGAAUAGCUUCCAGAGUAGGACGCUGGAGACACUCUCACUAGGAGUGAGGCUCAGUGUUAUAAUGUCCGCUGUGGAGACGAGGGGGUCUGGCCAGAUGGGACCCUCUUUAGAUACCUAGAAAUACCUACUGUAGCCUGAACUUUGUAUUCUUUAUGCAUGUAUUUAUGUAUUUAUUUAUUCAAACAGCUCUCUUUAUUUGACCAUGAAUUCGCUACCGUGCUUUAUUUGUUGCUGAUUGCGAAUAAACUUGAAAACUGUAGGUCAACACAUUAACCAAUGAUGAGUAGUGACACCUGGGGACGGAUUUCGGAAGUUGGUCUUUCAGGGCAGCAAAAGGAUAUGCUGCACAGUCUAAUGAAGGCUUCGACUGCUCAAACAAGCCCUCUGUCUGCUUAAUGCGAGCAUGGGCUCAUUGCCAACAGCAGCAGCAGAUUGUGACCUGCUCACAGGAGUCAUGCUGCGCUCUCAGCAUCGUCUGGUGGAGGAAUAAUGAACAAUAUAAACCUAGUAAGUGACAGCCGGAGCUGUUAACUAGUUGAAGCCAGUGUUAGUUGAACUAUAAAGAACUAUAAACGUACAAACAGGCCUCUCACUACAAGAUACACAUGGUGUUAUGGUAGCUGAAAGAAUAUAUAUAUAUAUAUAUAUAUAUAUAUAUAUAU